GCUUAGGUGUCGUUUUGCAAUAAAUGAAAAAGUCCGUCUCUCGAAACGGCCAAUGCCUCACUUGUCACGCACGAAAUUCGCGAAUGUCCUUCGCUUCAUUUACAAACCGCUUUCUUAAUAUCCAGUAUUGGGUAGACCUUGCGCUAUUUCUCAAGUACAAUAGGUCAACAUAUGCGCGCGAGUAUAUGUAUGCGCGAUAAUGGAUGUCUGUGAUUGUUGUUCGAAUUUUGUAUAAGGAUACAGACCUGAUUUUGAGUAGGAGAGAGUUUGUUUGAUCGGACAAGAUGUUGGAGGAUCAGGUGGCGUAUCUCUUGCAGAGGUACCUGGGGAACUAUGUUAGAGGGCUCAGCAAAGAAGCCCUCAAGAUCAGUGUCUGGCAAGGUGAUGUAGAAUUAACAAAUAUGCAACUGAAACCCGAGGCACUAAAUGCAUUGAAAUUACCAGUGAAGGUUAAGGCAGGUUUUCUGGGAUCAGUGAAGCUUAAGGUUCCAUGGAGCAGGCUUGGCCAAGAUCCUGUUCUGGUUUAUCUGGAUCGUAUCUUUUUAUUGGCUGAGCCUUCAACACAGGUUGAAGGAUCUACAGAGGACUCCAUCCAAGAAGUUAAAAAGAAUCGAAUACGAGAAAUGGAAAUGAAGUUGUUGGAGAGCCAACAGCUCCUGAAUUCGGAAAUGAACAAGUCUUGGAUCGGGUCUUUAAUCAAUACGGUGAUUGGGAAUUUAAAGCUUUCUAUUUCAAACAUCCACAUCAGAUACGAAGAUAUUGAGAGUAAUCCAGGCCACGCAUUUGCAGCUGGUGUGAUGUUGGAUAAACUCUCAGCAUUUACAGUUGAUGAUAAUGGGGAGGAAACUUUUAUAACUGGAGGUGCAUUGGACCGAAUCCAGAAGUCUGUGCAACUUGAACGAAUGGCUAUCUAUCUGGAUUCUGAUGUAAGUCCAUGGCACAUUGAAAAAGCGUGGGAGGACUUGUCACCAUCCGAAUGGGGACAGAUUUUUGAAUUUGGUACAAAAGGUGGGAAACCUGCAGCUGAUAAUUUGGGAAAGCACUCAUAUGUUUUGGAACCAGUAAGUGGAAAUGCUAAGUAUUCGAAGGAGCGUUCUGAUGCAUCAAGAAGAAAAGGUCAACCACUGCAGAAUGCUGCAGUAAAUCUGGAUGAUGUGACUCUGUGCUUGUCAAAAGCUGGGUACCACGACUUGUUGAAAUUAGCUGAUAAUUUCACUGCCUUCAAUCAGAGACUAUAUUAUGCUCACUAUCGUCCACAUUUGACUGUAAAAAGUGAUCCGAGAUCUUGGUGGAAGUAUGCGUUCAGGGCAGUUAUGGAUAAAAAGAAGAAGGCCAGUGGAAUGUUGUCGUGGGAGCAAGUCCUGCGAUAUGCUAAAUUGCGUAAGAGAUACAUCUCUCUGAUGUUGGCCCAUAAAGUUGUGGAGCAAUCAUUGGGAUCAGAAAAAUUCCUAAAAGAGCAAAAGGCCAAGAAAUCAUGGUGGCCAUUUGGACGGACUACUCAAACUAGCAAAGAUGAAAAUGAACCUGGUACUCUGACUGAGGAAGAUUGGAAGAGAUUGAAUGAUAUUAUUGGGUACAAGGAAGGUGAUGAUGAACAAUUACUGACCCAUGGCGAUGGGAAUUUGCCAUAUAUUUCAUUGAGCCUUCACAUGAAGCAUAAUGCAUCGAAGCUAACUGACUCCCAGGAGUGCCUUGCUGACUUAUCCUGCGAUAAUCUUGAGUGUUGCAUAAACCUGUAUCCAGAAGCAAAAAUUGUCGAUAUAAAAUUGGGAUCAUACAGACUACUGUCCCCGAAUGGUCUUCUUGCUGUGAGCGAAAUUGUUUCUAAUUCAUUGGUUGCUGUGUUCUGCUAUAAACCGCUUGAUAUGGAUGUGGACUGGAGCCUGGUUGCUAAAGCUUCACCCUGUUAUGUGACUUAUUUGAAGGAUUCCAUUAAUCAAAUCAUCGACUUCUUUGAAAGUAGUGCGACUGUAAGCGAGACUCUUGUUCGGGAAACGGCUUCUGCAGUUCAAAUGACAAUUGAUGAAGUCAAACGCACAGCGACGAAACAAGUGAACAGAGCAUUGAAGGAGCGUGCUAGAUUGAGCAGGGUUGGCUAUGAUGUCUUGGACUGCUUGUAUCAUGCACACACAGAUUAUUUGGUCUUCAGUCUUUUAACCGCCCUUGACCUUGUGUGGGUGAAUCCAAGUUUUCAUCCAGAUAUUUUGCUGUUGAUUUUAGGUUGUCUUGAGGACAGGUUUUUCUUGGACUUGGAUAUUGCGGCGCCCAAAAUAACUAUUCCCACCGAAUUCUCUCCUGAUGGUGUCCACCCUACCAGGCUUCUGAUAGACUUGGGAAAGUUAGUGAUACGUUCUCAGGAUAAUGCUGAAUAUGUUACACCUGAAGAGAUGAAUGUGUAUUCGCAAUUUGAUUUGGUUUUGAGAGAUGUAUCGGCUUUUCUGGUUGAUGGUGAUUAUCGCUGGAACCAAGCUUCUUUAAAGAGACCUGAUGGUUCAUUGGAGGCUGCCUUUGUCAGCUACCUACCAGUUAUCGACAGAUGUGCAGUAUUUCUAAAGCUUCAGCAGAUUAUAUCACCAGUUGCCUCUUUCCCGUCAACAAGGCUUGCCAUGCGGUUACCUUCCAUAGGGAUUCAUUUUUCUCCAUCUCGUUAUCAUCGCUUAAUGCAAGUUGUUAAACUUUUUCAAGGGGAUGAUGCUGACCAUCCUGAUCUUGUCCGUCCUUGGGAUGAAGCUGAUUUCUCAGGCUGGCUGUAUCAGCUGGCACGGAAGGGCGUUGGAGGUAGAGAUGCAGUAUGGCAAAGGAGAUAUUUUUGUGUAGUUGGACCAUUGCUUUAUGUGUUAAAGGACCCUGAAUCAAGAAAUUAUAAACAAUGUUACAGCCUACGUGGUAAACAUCUAUAUCGACUUCCAUCUGAUUUACUUGGAGAUGUGGAACAUGUGUUGGCUGUUGGUGAUUCUGAGAGUCCCUAUGUCAAGGUUGUGGAAGAUGCAAAUUCUGUAAUUUUGCGCUGUGGCUCCGAAAGUUCUUUGAGAACAUGGCAAAGCUAUCUCCAGGGUGCCAUUUAUCGAGCAUCGGGAACUGCUACUUUAACUGGUCUAAUUGAAACCUUGUCGAAUUCGGAAAGCUCUGAACCUAGCUGUCAUGAUUCAACAAAUUCUCUGAUGACGACAGAAAAGUUAUUUUUAACUGGUGUGCUUGAUGAGUUGAAGAUUAGUUUCAGUUACUGUAGCAUGCGUGAUCAAAGUUUUAUGAAGAUGCUUCUUGCUGAUGAGAAGCUCCUUAAAGCAUUGGAGGUAGAAGAUUUAGUUUGCCGCAAGGGAACAUCUCAGCUCUACAUUGCAAGAUCUUUCAUCACGAACAUCGCAGCUCCUUCGCUAUUGGAAAAUUCUGUUAGUAUAACACAUGAAAGUAGUGAUGUUAACCAGUCUGAAGGAGAUGAUGAGUUUUACGAGGCGCCUGAGGAUCUUAAUGAUUUAGCUGGUAGCCCCAUGUCACCAGAUGAUGAAAUGAAGGGUAUGAGUUCUGGAAGUAUUACACAAUCAGAAAACAAUGACUCUAAAGCACCUAGUUUUACGCGUGUUGCUGGUGUCUUACCGCGUGAUGCUACUCGUAUGGAAGCUGGUCAGGAGGGAGUUACAGAUGCAUUGGGCAGUUUUGUCAAAGCUCAAAUAAUUAUUUUCGACCAGCACUCUCCACUUUAUUCUAGUGUUGAUACAAAAGUGGCAGUCACACUCUCCACUUUGUCAUUUUACUGUCGUAGACCUACAAUACUAGCCAUUAUGGAAUUCGUAAACUCUAUUAAUAUUCAGGAGGAUGAAUGUGAACCUCUUAGUGAUACAUCUUCAACAUCUGCUGUACAACAUGAUACAUUCAAGGAAAUUCCGACUGAUGGUGUACCCUCAGUUCCAAUGGAGGAGCGUGUUGUUAAAUCUUUACUAGGAAAGGGGAAAUCGAGAGUAGUUUUCUAUUUACGGUUGAAUAUGGCUCGUGCUGAGAUAUUCUUGGUGAUGGAAGAUGAGAAUAAACUUGCUACUUUGGCACAAGAUAAUCUUCUUACUGAUAUUAAGGUGUUUCCUUCAUCUUUUAGUAUAAAGGCAUUCCUCGGGAAUCUUAGGAUAAGCGAUGACAGUCUCCCUAGUAGUCAUACCUAUUUCUGGGCCUGUGACAUGCGGAAUCCUGGAGGAAAUUCCUUUGUGGAGUUGAAAUUUUGUUCGUUUAGUGCCAACGAUGAUGACUAUGAGGGUUAUGACUACAGCCUCUUUGGGAAACUGUCUGAAGUGCGAAUUGUCUAUUUGAAUCGCUUUCUUCAAGAGGUUAUCAGUUACUUUAUGGGUCUUGUUCCUGCCAAUAACAAAGAUGUUGUCCAAAUAGAAGAUCAAGUGACAAACUCGCAGAAGUGGAUUACACGAAGUGAAAUUGAAGGUUCGCCUGCAGUGAAGUUGAAUGUUUCACUUAAAAAGCCAAUCAUUGUAAUGCCUCAGAGAACGAAUAGCUUAGAUUAUUUGAAACUUGACGUGGUUCAAAUCACUGUUCAGAACACCUGUAGAUGGUUUGGUGGGAGCAAAAGCGAUAUCAAGGCAGUCCACAUGGAUAUUUUAGAAGUCCGGGUUGAAGAUAUCAACUUAAAUGUGGGAUCAGGAUCAGAAUUGGGUGAAAGCAUAAUUCAAAAUGUCAAGGGUGUUUCCAUUGUCAUUCAGAGAUCACUCCAGUAUGAAAUUAUCAUAGAAUGUGCACAAGCUAAUAUUUCCGAGAGCCCAAAUUUUGUGCCUUCAUUGGAAAAUGUAUCAGUGUCCCCUUUUGUUGAUGUGGGAGGUCACACUGUUGCUCAAGGAUUGGAUCACGCGAGGUCUGAAACUCAGGCAAGGGAGAUCGUGGUGGCAACUGUGAUCUCUGUCCGUAUUGAUAUGGUUGAACUUCGUCUUCAUUAUGGUGUCACAACUGAUGCAUCACUCGCCAUUCUUCAGGUGAGUGGAGUGUGGCUUUUGUACAAAUCUAACACGGUGGGGGAAGGUUCUCUGUCAGCCACACUGAAGGAUUUGAUUGUUGUUGAUGAUCGUGAAGGCACAGAAAAAGAGCUUAGGUUGGCCAUUAGGAAGCCUGAUAUAAAUGGAGACAAUUUUUCUGGGUCUAUGCCUGAGAACGUGCAUCAUGAUGUUGAGAACAAUCUCUCGGUGGACAACGCUAGAAAGUAUACUCCAGCAAUUUUAAUUUUUGAUGCCACAUUUAAUGAAAAAUCAACAUUUCUUUCUUUGUGCAUCCAAAGGCCACAGUUGCUUGUUGCACUAGAUUUUUUGCUCGCAAUAGUUGAGUUUUUUGUCCCAACAUUUCGUGGUGAACCAUCGGAUGAGAACGCUAACCCAUCACAUUUUCUCGAUGCUCUCAUACUUGACCAGCCAGUUUUCAAUCAACCCUCUGCAGAAUUCUCAAUAUCCCCUGAGAAACCUUUGGUUGUCGAUGAUGAAAGAUUUGACCUUUUUGUAUAUGAUGGAAGAGGUGGGAUUUUGUAUCUGAAAGACAGGCAAGGGUUAAAUCUAUCAUCUCCGAGUAGGGAAGCUUUGGUUUAUGUGGGGAAUGGAAAGAAAUUACAAUUCAGAAAUGUUACUGUCAGAGUAGGGUUUCUUCUAUUGUAUCAUACUUGCCCUUUUGUUUACAUAUCUGUAAUCGUUUAUAUGAAUUUGAGCAUUUGGUCUUUAAUUGUCCAGAAUGGAACAUAUUUUGAUUCAUGCAUUUUGCUGGGCGCCAACAGCAGCUAUUCAGCUAAUGAAAAGGAUAAUGUGUACUUGGAGGGGGAAAGAGGAAGCCCUUCUGAUAACUCCGAAGGGAGGAACAUUACUGCUGUGGCAUCAGCAAAUGGUACUUUGGGCGGCUCAACAGAAUUGAUAUUUGAAUUGCAGGCUAUUGGUCCGGAGCUCACCUUCUACAAUAAAUCAAGAAAUACAGGACAACAUAUUAUGUCUAACAAACUGUUGCAUGCGCAGAUGGACACAUUCUGCAGGCUUGUUUUGAAGGGUAAUACUGUUGAAAUGAGCACAGAAGUUGUUGAUUUGACCAUGGAAAGCAAUGGCAUCACUAUUUUGGAGCCCUUUGACGCAUCUAUAAAAUUUUCCAGUGCUUCUGGAAAGACAAGCCUGCAGUUGAAUGUUUCAGACAUAUUCAUGAAUUUUUCAUUCAGCAUCUUGAGGCUAUUCUUAGCUGUUGAAGAGGAUAUUUUAUCCAUCUUAAGAACGACAUCAAAGAAAUCGACUGUUUUAUGCUCUGAAUUUGACAGGAUUGGAACCAUUAAAAGUCCUGUAAGUGACCAUGUUUAUGCAUUCUGGAGACCUCGAGCACCAACUGGUUUCGCUGUACUUGGUGACUAUUUGACACCAAUUGAUAAGCCGCCUACAAAAGGUGUAGUUUCUGUCAAUACCAGCUUAAUACGAGUGAAGAAACCAAAAUCUUUCACACUCGUGUGGCCUCAUUCUUUUCACAGUGACAUCCUGCAGAUCGAAGGAUUAGGUAGUUUUGAGUUAGCAAAAAAUGAAGGCAGCUCCGACUGGGACACAACAUGCUCAAUUUGGUUGCCUGAAGCCCCAAAGGGUUAUGUAGCAUUGGGUUGUGUAGUUUCUUCUGGAUGGGAACAACCUUCAAUUUCGUCAGUGUUCUGUAUCUCGGCAUCUUUAGUUUCCCCUUGUGGUCUGAGAGAUUGUGUCAGCAUUGGCUCAGGCGUUGGAUGUCCGGACAUGGCUUUCUGGCGGGUGGAUAAUGCCUUUGGAACGUUCCUGCCUGCUGACCCUGCUACGAUGAAUCUGACUCAGGGAGCAUAUGAAUUGAGACAAUUGUACUUUAGGUUACCAGAAAUUUCUCCUGACAAACUGAUAGGAUUGGAAAAGCAAACGUCUACAUCAGCUGGGGACGACAUUAUUCAGUCAGAAAGGUCGUCUACAGUAAAUUCUAGACGGAGGAUUGAAGCUGUUGCUACCUUUCGACUAAUAUGGUGGAAUCAGGGCUCUGGAUCAAGGAAAAAGAUAUCCAUCUGGCGUCCUGUGGUCCCGGAAGGAAUGGUGUAUUUCGGUGAUAUCGCUGUUCAAGGGUAUGAGCCUCCAAAUACUUGUGUAGUUUUCCAAGAAUCAGAAGAUAACGAUCUGUUUAUAGCGCCUUCUGAUUUUCAACCAGUUGGACAUGUAAAAAGACAAAGGAAAGUGGAUACCAUAUCUUUCUGGAUGCCUCAGGCUCCUCCAGGUUUUGUUACAUUAGGGUGUACUGCUUGCAAAGGCAAGCCCAAGCAAUCUGAUUUUAUCUCUUUAAGGUGCAUUCGCGCUGAUAUGGUCUCAACAGAUCAUUUUUUGGAUCAAAGUGUAUGGGAUUUAUCUGAUUCCAAGUUUGUAAGAGCGCCAUUUAGCAUAUGGACAGUUGGCAAUGAAUUUGGCACCUUCAUUGUUGGGAAUGGUUUAAAGAAACCUCCUAAACGGUUUGCAUUGAAGCUCAGUGGGCGAGACACGCCAAGCAGUUCUGAUGAUACUGUGGUUGAUGCAGAAAUAAGGACCUUUUCUGCAGCACUUUUUGAUGACUAUGGUGGCUUGGAUAGUAGUACUAAGUAUCUAGGGUCAUCUGGAGAUGGCCUGCAUGGAAGACCUGAUUUCUUGAAGUCGAGUGUGAUCUUCUCUUUGGCUGUGAGAUCGUACAAUGAUAAGUAUGAUUCAUGGGAGCCUAUUGUUGAACCAGUUGAUGGAUCAUUGAGAGGUCGCUGGUCACCUGACUUAAGUGAUCAGAGGUGGCUGCUGCAAAUGAGCGCCGAAAAAAGGUACCAAUAUAAUCCCAGUGCUCCUGGUGUAGCUUCUGAGCUUCGUGUUGCUUCUACUAGAGAUUUGAAUUUGAACUUGUCUGUCUCCAACGCCAAUACAAUUUUACAAGCAUAUGCAAGCUGGAACAAUCUUAGCCAUGUCCAAGAAACACAUGAGGAAGCAAGUCCUCCGGAUACUAAUUCUGGAUCUCUCACUGCUGUACAUCAAAAGCGAAGUUACUACAUUGUUCCUCAAAAUAAGCUUGGGAAAGACAUUUUCAUCAGGGCUUCUGCAGUCAAGGGACUUCUUGACAUAAUCAAAAUGCCGGCUGGAGAUAGGAAAGCUCUAAAACUGCCAGCUCCGAAGAACAUGCUGGAUUCUCAUUUGAAAGGAUGUCUUCUUCAGAAACGGCGUAUGAUGGUAACUGUCAUUGUAGCUGAAGCAGAGCUCAUGAAGCCGGAAGGCUUGGGCUCUCGUCAGUAUAAUGUUGGAAUUCGCGUUUAUGAUGAUCAGAGUCACCCUAACCAAUCACACCUAAAUCAACAAUUUGCUCGAACUCGUGGAACUGGAUCAGAUGACUCUGAAUCUUCAGAUGUUGAAUUUGUGAAGUGGCAUGAAGUAUUUUUCUUCAAAGUCGACUCAGUGGAUUGGAGCAUGCUGGAACUAACCGUCCAUGAGAUUGGGAGAGGUGAGCCAGUUGGCUGCUAUAGUGCUUGUCUGAAAAAUGUGACUGGAUCUGAAAGUGAGAAUUUUGAAAAGGCAGAUGGUAGGAAUAGACAAUUUGGUUCGAUUCAGAUUAGCCCAUCUGCGGAUGGGCCAUGGACCAUGGUAAGGCUAAAUUAUGGUUCACCUUCAGCAUGUUGGCAAUUAGGCAAUGAUUUAGUUGCAAGUGAAGUGAGCGUAAAUGAUGGAAACAGAUAUGUCAGCAUCAGAUCCCUUGUAUCCGUCCGUAACAACACUGAUGUUACUCUAGAUUUUUGCCUCAGUCUUCAGUCUGCAAAUGGUGGAAACUUAGGAGUUGAUAAAAGGAAUGGUAGCCCAUCUCAUGGAAGUGACUUUACAACAGAUGAGUCGCAAGUAGUUGUUGGGCCUAUACAACCUGGGGACACGGCACCUCUUCCUUUGCCUUGCCUAUCUCAGUCUGCCUUGUAUAUAUUGCAUCUAAAACCUUCAAAUUUGGGAGCUGAGAACUAUUCUUGGAGUUCUGUGGUGGAUCUGCCUGUUCAGUCACAGGAUGUGGAGAGUUCGAAAGAAGUUCGAGAAAUUUAUAUUUCAUCUCUUUCAGAGUCUGAGAAGCUCUUGUAUUGCCCCGAAACUAGUGGAAGUUCAUCAAAUAGUUUACGUGGUGUGUGGUUUUGUUUGAGCAUCCAAGCAACUGAAAUUGCAAAGGACAUUAAUUUUAAUCCAAUACAGGACUGGACAAUUGUGGUUAUGGCCCCUGUAUCAAUCACUAACUAUCUCCCUCUUAUGGCUGAAAUUUCUCUUCUUGAAAUGCAAGCCAGUGGUCAUUUUCUUUCCUGUUAUAGAGGGUUAUCUCGUCCUGGAGAGAGUGUCAAUGUGUAUAAUGUUGACAUAAGAAACCCAUUGUACUUCUCUUUGCUUCCGCAAAGAGGAUGGCUGCCAAUACAUGAAGCUAUUCUUCUGUCCCAUCCUACUGAUCCACCAUCGAAGACAAUAAGCUUACGAAGUUCAGUUUCUGGAAGGAUCGUUCAACUCAUUCUUGAGCAUAACCAUACCAAUGAACAUUCUCUACAGCCAAGGAUCAUUAAAGUGUAUUCGCCAUAUUGGUUUGGAAUUGCAAGAUGCCCACCCCUUGCUUUCAAGCUUGUAGAUGUCGGUGCUAAGAGAUUGAAGAAGAAUCCGUUGUCUUUUCAAGCCAAAAGGGUAAAAGAAGUCAUCCUUGAGGAAAUUACUGAGGAGGAGACGCGUGAAGGUUAUACGAUUGCAUCUGCAUUGAACUUCAAAAAUCUGGGUCUCUCUGCAUCUAUAGGCCAAUCUGGUGGGGAGCAAUUUGGCCCUGUUAAAGAUCUUACUCCGCUAGGGGACAUGGAUGGCUGUCUGGACCUUUUUGCUUAUAAUGCUGAUGGCAGUUGUAUGCAACUAUUUGUAUCGUCAAAACCUUGCCCCUACCAAUCCAUCCCGACUAAGGUUAUCUCUGUUCGACCAUUCAUGACUUUUACAAACAGAGUUGGUCAAAAUUUGUUAUUGAAGUUCAGCAGUGAAGAUGAACCUAAGACUUUGAGGGUGUCUGAUACAAGAGUCUCCUUCGUGCAUCGAAAAACAGAUGGUCCUAAUAAAAUUCAGGUACAUGCCCAUGAUACAGAUUGGUCAUUUCCCAUUGAAAUAGUGAAGGAGGACACUUUCACUCUGUCCUUAAAGAAACCUGACGGCACUCGAAGAUUCUUACGAACAGAAAUUCGAGGAUAUGAGGAGGGUUCUCGCUUUAUAGUUGUAUUUCGCCUUGGAUCUGUUAAUGGUCCUAUCAGGAUUGAGAACAGAACAAUGAACAAGGCCAUGAGGGUUCGGCAAGCUGGAUUUGGCGAUGAUGCAUGGAUUCUUUUAGAGCCACUUUCAACAGCAAACUUUUGUUUGGAAGAUCCAUAUGGCCAAAGAGUUAUUGAUGUUGAAGUCUAUGCUGGUGAUGAUAUUGGGAUUUACAAGUUUGAUUUGGAUAAAGCAGGGCUCUCCUCAGUUGAUGAGUACUCUAGUUUAUUUCUCCAUGUUGUGAACAAAGGUGACAUUAAGGUUGUUAAAUUCGUUGAUCUUCAUGGACUACUUCCAAGAUCUAGAGAAGCGAGUGGAUCUCUAAUGCUGGAGGGGAAUCAGGGAAACACUCGUAUCCAGGCUAAGAUGCCAGACCCUGAUCAAAAAUCACCUUUGGAACUUGUAGUUGAGCUUGGCGUUAUUGGUAUUUCUAUUGUAGACCAUAGACCAAGAGAGAUUGCUUACAUCUACAUGGAGAAAUUGUUUAUUUCAUAUUCGGCUGGCUAUGAUAGUGGGACAACAAGCAGGUUCAAGCUUGUCCUUGGUUACCUGCAGCUAGACAAUCAGCUACCUCUGACAGUUAUGCCUGUCCUUCUGGCACCGGAACAGACACCUGAUGUGCAUCAUCCAGUGUUUAAGAUGACUAUAACCAUACGCAAUGAAAACCUUGAUGGUCUUCAGAUCUACCCAUAUAUUUAUAUACGAGUAAUUGAUAAGAGUUGGAGGCUUAGUAUCCAUGAACCAAUCAUCUGGGCUCUGGUAGAUUUCUACAAUAAUCUCCAACUAGAUCGCUUUCCUCAAAAUUCCCAGGUCACUCAAGUCGAUCCUGAAAUACGUGUGGACUUGAUCGACAUUUCUGAGGUACGACUGAAGGUUUCUCUAGAGACAGCCCCUGCUCAAAGACCUCAUGGACUUCUGGGUGUAUGGGGUCCGGUUCUUUCAGCUGUUGGGAACACAUUUAAAAUUCAGGUUCAUCUUCGGAAAGUAACACACAGAGACAGAUUUCUGCGCCAGAGUUCUGUGAUUUCUGACAUUGGAAACCGCAUUUGGAGAGAUCUUAUCCAUAAUCCAUUACAUUUAAUUUUUUCCGUUGAUGUUCUCGGCAUGACAAGCUCCACCUUGGCUUCUCUUAGCAAAGGUUUUGCUGAGCUCUCAACUGAUGGACAAUUUCUGCAGCUCCGCUCAAAGCAGGUGUGGUCAAGAAGGAUUACUGGUGUUGGUGAUGGACUUGCACAAGGAACUGAAGCUCUUGCACAAGGUGUUGCUUUUGGAGUCUCUGGGGUAGUGCGGAAACCAAUGGAGAAUGCUAGGCAAAAUGGUCUUCUUGGCCUAGCCCAUGGGCUUGGACAAGCUUUCCUGGGAUUUUUCGUACAGCCAGUGAGUGGAGCAUUAGAUUUUUUUUCUUUGACUGUUGAUGGGAUUGGUGCAAGUUGCUCCAGGUGCUUAGAGAUUCUUAAUAACAAAAGAGACUUCGAAAGGAUACGAAAUCCACGGGCAUUUCGUGCUGACCAUGUACUAAGAGAGUAUUCUGAAAGAGAAGCACUUGGUCAGAUGAUACUUUACCUUGCAGAAGCCAGUCGGAAUUUUGGGUGCACACAAAUAUUCAAAGAGCCAUCAAAAUUUGCCUGGUCGGAUUGCUUUGAAGAGCAUUUUACGGUACCCUAUCAGCGCAUUGUUUUGGUGACUAAUAGGCGAGUGAUGCUGCUGCAGUGUGUGGCCCCGGAUAAGAUGGAUAAAAAGCCCUGCAAAAUAUUGUGGGAUGUACCAUGGGAAGAAAUCAUGGCACUGGAACUUGCUAAAGCAGGCCAUCCUAUCCCUUCUCACUUAAUCAUUCAUCUGAAAUGCUUCAAGAGAGGUGAGAGCUUUGUCAGAGUAAUAAAGUGCAGCAGUGAAAAAUUGCCCGAGGAAAGUGAAUCACAAGCCGUCAAAAUCUGCUCAGUCGUAUAUAGGAUGUGGAAGGCACACCAGAAUAAUCUGAAACAGUUGCCCUCAAGCCAAAGGCAUGUCCUAUUUACAUGGAGUGAUGUAGAUGCCAGAGAAUCUCACAAACAGCACAGAGCCAUUAUCACCUCAGCUGAAAUUUCUUGUUCGAGUUCUAUUUUGACCGAACAAAAAUUUGCCGAGCACAGUAUCAACUUUACUAGGAUUUGGAGCAGUGAGCGAGAGUCCAAAGGUCGGUGCUCUUUGUGCCGAAAACAGGGUUUGGAAAGUGGCGAAAUUUGUAGCAUCUGGCGGCCAGUUUGUCCUGAUGGGUAUGUCUCAAUUGGGGAUGUAGCUCGUUGUGGCUGUCAUCCUCCUACAGUUGCUUCAAUAUAUCGUAAUUCUGAGGAAUUGUUUGUGCCCCCAGUGGGUUAUGACCUGGUCUGGAGAAAUUGUGUGGAUGACUACAAGAGUCCUGUCUCAAUUUGGCAUCCUCGUGCACCCGAGGGGUACUUUUCUGUCGGAUGUGUAGCUGUGCCGAGCUUUGAAGAGCCGGAGGUCGACUCAGUGUACUGUGUAGCUGAAUCUCUGUGUGAGGAGACAACAUUUGAAGAACAAAAGAUUUGGUGGGCCCCAGACUCGUAUCCGUGGGCAUGCCAUAUUUAUCAAACGAGCAGUGAUGCUCUUCAGUUUGUUGCCUUAAGACAACCUCGUGAAGAAUCUGACUGGAAGCCUAAAAAGGUAAUUGUCAAUCCCCAGCGAUCUUCCGAUGCUUGGUGACUUGUGGGGGCCCGUCUUAUUAAACGAGUAUCGGUUUAUAAAUUCGGUUUUGUAAAUGGAAGGAUAGUCCUGGAACGUGAUGCUGGUUGCGAGUGCUAAAAAAGCUACGAGUAUGAUGCAUUUUUUGCCUUCGCCUUAUAGCAAGUUGUGAAUGUAACUUGUUCUAACUUCUAACUUGUAAUUGAGGUUUCAAGAUUGAAAAAAUUGAAGGGGAGAAAAAUAAAAAGAAAAAUAAAAAGGCUUUGUGACAUUACGAAGAAUUUUGAAUCUCGCGAAAUUUGGACAGGUGCUUCUUAAGAAAAAUAAAAAUUAAAAAGGCUAGGUUACAUUCUUCCCCAGCCGCGCUCGAUCGUCGGCGCCAGCUCUGCCUUAACCAUCUCCUCCACAUCUUCCUCCCCGCAGCUCUUCGACUCUCUAGCUGCUGGAAAAUUCAAGUUUCGAGCUCGGACUGCCAUUAAUGGUGGAUUUUAUUAAAAAAGAAAAAAGUAAUGUUGGCCCUCGAUUGGGCCCUUGAACGAACAUGAGAUGGCACCGGCAAGAUCAACAAGAAAUCUUGGAAGCAAUUAAUACAGAUAUUUUAAAAGUUUUCAAAUAAA